AAAAGUUCAAAAGGUGGCCCUGGAGUACAGACCUACCCUAGCUUUGAUCCAUCAGCUGAUGUUGUUGCUUUGGACAAAGCUAUUACUGUGAAGGGUGUGGAUGAAGCCACCAUAAUUGACAUCUUGACUAAAAGAACAAAUGCUCAGCGUCAGCAGAUCAAAGCUGCUUAUCAGCAAGCUAAGGGAAAGAGUUUGGAAGAAGCCUUGAAAAAAGUUCUGAAAAGCCACCUGGAAGAUGUUGUUGUGGCUCUGCUCAAAACUCCAGCCCAGUUUGAUGCUGAAGAAUUAAGAGCAGCUAUGAAG